AUGACACUUCGAAUCAAGAUCAGAUUCUCAAAUGAAUUGCCUGAUUUGGAGGUUCCAUCAAACUUUCAGGUCAGUCUGAAAGAGCUGAGAUCGUAUGUGAGGAGUCAAUAUAAUCAGAUAAGCAAUAAGCGCUUGAAGUUUAUUUACCAAGGGAAAGUGAUCCUAGCCAACACCGAUUUUGAUUCUCUUCCACACACCAAUGAGGAGAUAUUUAUACACUGUUUGGUAGGUGAAACACUUACAGCGGACGAACUGGCUGACGAAGGUCAAUGGGAUACAAAACAGCCCAUCAAGAGCACAGAAGAAGCCGCAGUUGGAUUUGACAGGUUAUUGUCUCAAGGAUUCAGCAGGCAAGACGUUGAUGAGUUGAGGAGCACUUUCCAUAGCAUGUACGGUAGUGGCGAGAAUGAAGAUUUACGUGAAUUGGAGGAUAAUUGGAUAGACAGCACGGUGAAUAAUGAGUUCGAUGAAUUCUCCAACGUUUUGAACAACAGGAACCAGAACACUCAACUAGCAAAUGCACCUGCAGGAGCAGCUGUAAAUGUAAAUAACCACGUUCCAGAUACCAAUAGGGAUCUUUUGAUUGGCACAUUGUUGGGUUGUUUCCUCGGCGUAUUCGCACUGUUCUUGAUGAGACUCGAUCUAGGGGGAAUCGUUAAUAAAAGGACAAAAACUGCUAUAAUUGCUGGAGUUUGCAUUAACUUUUCAUUGGGGAUAAUUAGAAUGUUCUCCUGA